AUGGGGCAUGAGCUCUUCACAACCAGCAACAUUUACGUUGGGUCCUUCUCGCAGCAGCAAUCGAAUUUCGAUCAUCUCUGCUAUCCCUUCGAUGACAAGACCGUCAAGUUCGACAUCAGUAUUCAGGCACCUGGAAAUUACAUCUUCGAUCUCGCCCUUCUGUGCCCGGAGCCUCUGCUGGCGGAGAACCACACGUACGGCGAGGAUGGAGAGGAGAUUGUUACCAAGUGCACCUACCCUGCUGUUGGCAUGUCCUUGGGCUUCGACUGGGGCAAAUUCAUUUGCGAGGCGAAAGAGGCUCAGAUGAUCCAGUGCUCGAUGACCGGCGUCCGGGAAUGGUGGAGCAUCUUCAAGGGCUAUUUCUGGCCGUCCUUCACCUUCAGCGCCAUGGGCUUCAUCUCCUUCACGCUAAACGUGAAGAUGUCGAUGCCCAGAGUCGCAACCACGAUGCUUGCGCUGAUUUCCUUGACGAAUCUGCGGAAUUCCUUGGUCGAGAUACUGCCUGCUUCAGGUGAAACAAGUUGGAUGGAGGAGUACUUUCUGCUUGCUAUGACCUUCAUGCUUCUGAACUUGUGCGGACACGCGAUUUCCUUUUACUUGGAUUCAAUCGGCAAGACGACUCUGCAGCAGAUGACGAACAAGAUCAAUUUGUUUGGAAUGGUAUCUAUCGCAAACCUGGUCGUUCUAGCACGCCUGCAUGAGCGUAACUGUCCACUCGUCGACCGCACUCUCAGCACAACUUUGGUGGUGCUGUCCAGUCUCAUUGUCAUCUUCGUAUUUGCCGCCAUCGCGUGGUGUUACCGGGAUUCUUUCCGAGAGGUGAGCCAGAUCAUCUCACGGCGGAUGGCAACGCGGGUGGUGCCCGUCUACAAGGAGACGGACGACGUCGGUGAUGACAUCCAUGACUCUGGCAAGGAUGUCGACUAG